AUGGCUGACGAUCUCCGACAUUUGUCCAAGAAAGAACGAAUUUUAGAGAAUUUACUAGAAAAUUUGGAAGAAUUCAUAUCAGAGUACGACGAUGUUCGAGAUAAAGGGUCACUCCAACCACGGUUAAUCAAACUGGAAGAGGCCUACGAUACGUUUUGUGCAGUGCGUAUUGAGAUGGAAUCUAUUUUGGAAGAUUUGGAUUUGGCGAACGACGAAGACAACGACGACGAUGAGGAACGUACGAUGAAAAAAGAAACCCGCAAUAAGGAAAACAAGAAAAUUUUCAAGCAAUUCGUUAAUCGAUAUUUUGUAAUAAAACAGCAGUUGAUGUCGAAGAUGGAAUCGAUCCCUGCUCCACCAGUGCAACGAAGAUCCUCUGUUUCCGACUUAGUUUUGCCUUGUCACACAAAGUAUCCAGAGCUUACGCUACCAACCUUCUCCGGGAAACUUUCUGACUGGAUUAAUUUCAGAGACAACUUUCGUUCAUUGAUUCACGACAACGCGCAACUGAAUGAAAUGGACAAAUUCAACUACCUUCGAACCUCCCUGAAAGAUGAUGCGCUGCUCCAGAUUAAUCAGAUUCAAGUAUCAGCGAUUAACUACGGUCUAGCUUGGAGCACAUUGGAAUCGAAGUACGAGAACCAUAAGCUUAUAGCUCAAGAGCAUAUGAGAGCACUCUUUGCAGCCCCUGUCAUGCGGACAGAAAGUUUUGAAGGGUUGAAUUCGUUGCUGACAACUUUCAAAACUAACCUCCAACAGUUGGAGAAGCUUGGCCAGAAAACCAACAGUUGGAACACUCUUUUGGCGUUUAUGCUUUCGCAAAAGCUGGACACAAAAACAUACCGUAUGUGGGAAACACACCAUGCGUCUAAAACCGUGCCUUCAUAUGAAGCCAUGGUUGUGUUCUUGGAAACUCAAUGUACAAUUCUACAAUCAACUGUCAGUCGAAGUGAGAAUCAUGACCAACCGAAUCUCAGUGCCCCCAUCAGUCACAGUACCAUUGCUUCGGAGAGAUUGUGCAUCAUCUGCAGGAAUGGACCGCAUAGAGCAGAGCAAUGCCAAAAAUUCUCGAGGAUGAGGGUGAUUGAUCGUAAAGACUUGGUUCGUAGCAUGGGACUAUGCUUCAAUUGCUUGAAUUCCGAACAUUUUGUCGCGGAUUGUGGUCAACAUUCCUGUGAAAAGUGUGGACAGCGUCAUCACUAUCUUUUGCAUCCGUAUUACUCACCUCACUUGAGCCGGUCGAACGUGCAGAACUUUUAUCAAGCCUCUCGAAGACCUCAACGCGCGAACAGUCAAUCAUAUAGUGAACCUGAUACACAACAUACUCAGUCCCGGAUGAAUUGCAAUCAAAUAUCUCAAAACCCCCAAUCUACACAACAGCCACCUCCCACAAACACGCCCUCCGUUAGUCACCACACUACUACUCUACUCAGUACACAACGACACACCCACACUGCAAUUCUAUCAACUGCUGUUGUUUUGCUGGUCGAUAACAGCGGAAACAAAGUUUUGGCCCGAGCAUUGUUAGACAAUGGGUCUCAAAUAAACAUGAUGACAGAGAAUCUUUCGAAAAAGUUGAAAUUUAAACGUUUUCGAGAAAGUUUGCCAGUAAAAGGUGUUGGAGGGUCCAUUUGCGUAUCAACAGAGUCUGUUAAAGCCCGUAUUGAAUCAAGCACAUCAUCGUAUUGUAUUGCCGAAAUGAAAUUCUUUGUUUUGCCUCGAAUCACGGUGGAUUUGCCCCAAAGAAGUUUUGAUAUAAGCACCUGGAAACUACCGUCGUCUAUCCACCUAGCAGAUCCCAUGUUCAAUGAAUCUAGCUCAGUUGAUCUGGUCAUAGGAGUCUCCACGUUUUAUGAUUUAUUGUUAGCGGAGCGGAUGAGGAUCAUCGACAGUGGUCCUAUUUUACAAAACACCCAGUUGGGAUGGAUCGUAGCAGGAGAGCUUCCGGAAACACCAAUUAUUUCUUACAGCGCAAUCUCACCCGAAGUUUCCACUGAUGGAAAAAGCCAUCAUUUUAAAAAGUUGUGUGCAUUGGAGUCUCCUCAAACGGAAAGCUCCAUGUCGAUGAAAGAGUCAACAUAUGGAGAUGUUCUCGAAAGAACCGCUAAUCGAGAAAAAUUGACUGCUCCACUCUCAAAAAGAAUCGUGUUUAUGAAAAACCUGAUUCACGUAGUUUUGGUGAUGGUUGCGGCCCAUUUGCUUCAUCUUUAUGUUUGCACGACUGCACGCGAGCCAGCAGAAAAUCUUUCCCACUUUUUUUACAUCACUAGCAAUGAAAACGCUAUAUCCCUGCCACACGCAUCGUCAGUGAUCAUGUCGUGCGUGUAUGCAAUAGUAUUCUCAAUUAGUGUGGGCAACGGAAUGAGCGAUAGUCGUCUAGAUUGGCUAUUGCGAGCUGCUGUUAGCCAAAACAAUAGCACCUAA